AUGUUAAACGGGGUGUUGAUUCUUCUAGCGCUUGUGAUUACUCACGUACAAGCGGACUAUGGUCCCUAUUUCCAGUCUGCUGCUUAUGACGAAGGGAAAUUUGGCGAAUGGCCUACUGAGACGUAUCGAUCGUCGCCGAUCAUCGGCCCAGCAUUGAAUUAUCUGCAAUAUAGCGAUGAAUGCAAGGAUGGGCUUUACACAUUCAUCGCGCCCCGAGGAAAUAAAGUAGCGAACCCAGGACCGAUGAUCCUUGAUCAGGAUGGCCAUCUUGUCUGGACGAAGCUCUAUGGGCAGUCGUAUAAUCUGAAUGUCUACACGUUUAAAGGACAGGAUUAUCUAACUUUCUGGAUGGGCAAUGAUGGUGUUGGGGGACAUGGAGAGGGAGCAUAUUAUAUGUUAGACUCCUCCUACCGAGAAGUAUACAAAAUCAACGCGGCCAACCAUCUCCCAGGCGACCUUCAUGAGUUCCACAUCACGCAGGACGAUACUGCACUAAUCACCAUUUACGAUGUUAUCCCCGCAGACUUAACAGUAGUCGGCGGUCUCGAAGAAGGCUGGAUCUGGGAUGGCACGUUCCAAGAACUCGACAUCGAGACCGGGAAAACUCUCUUCCAAUGGCGGGCAUCCGAGCACUUUCACUUCACCGACAUGUACCGGGACCGCGAAGGUAACGGCGACUCUGACGUCCACCCAUGGGACUUCUUCCACAUCAACAGUGUAGACAAAGACGCCAAGGGCAACUACCUGAUCUCAUCCCGCUACGCCAGCUGUCUCACCUACAUCGACGGUCGCACAGGCGACAUCAUCUGGCGCCUCGGCGGCAAGAACAACGACUUCACAGACCUUUCAGACGGCGCAGCCACAAACUUCGCCUGGCAGCAUCACGCCCGCUUCCGCGACAACGGCACGGCCAUCACCGUCUUCGACAAUGCCUCCCGCGGUGCAGGUGCCCCCGAACUACCCAGCCGCGGCCUCUACCUAGACAUCGAUCAGGAAAACAUGACCGUCAAAGUCCGCCACGAGUACUGGAAUCCAGACCCCAUCAGCAGUCAAUCGCAAGGCUCCGUCCAGCUCCUCGCCUCUAACGACGAAAGCACAAAGGUCCUCGUAGGCUACGGCCACAUCCCAACAUGGACUGAGUACGCCUCCGAUGGCACCGUGCUCUGCAACACGCAUUUCGGCGCCGCCUCCGGUGACGGCAACAUCAUGUCCUACCGUGUCCUCAAACACCCCUGGACCGGCCACCCAACGACAUCCCCCGACAUCUCUGUUUACCACUACACGGCCGCAGCGAGCUGGAACGGCGCUACCGAAGUCGUAACCUGGGCUCUCGAAGGUGCAGACUCACCGAACCCCAUGACAUACACAUUCUUAGCCGCGGUGCCCAAAUCCGGCUUUGAAACCCUCAUCCCCAUUCCCGCGGACACAGAAUCAACGUAUAUCCGUGCCCAUGGCCUAAACUCCACGGGCCAUAUCCUGGGAACCACCAAAUUGGUCCGCUGGGAUCCAGAGUCCGUUGAGGCAGUUGUGGGACGGCAUGAUGAGGAGAGUGCCGGGGAUUCUCCUGUCCGCUCACUGCUUUUCUUCUUUGGGGGGGUUGCAUCGGCUAUGGUCCUUGCUUUUGCCAGUUGGUUUAUAUACAGACGCGUUAAGUCAAGGGCAGGUGCACAGAGCCCGGAGGACAAAGAACGGGGCACCUGGCAACCGCUGGAUCGGUUUAAUGGGGAUGAGAGCUUGAGUGAGGGAGAGAUGGAUGAUGUUGAGUUUGCGCUGUUGGGGGAUGAGAGGUCUGGGGGGUUUCCUGGAAAAGACGAUGACGAUACGUGGGAAAGGAAGUGA